AUGGGUAACUGCUGGAGCCUGUGUCAAGGAAAUAGACGUCAUCAAAGCACUUUACAUGAACGUGCAUCUUUGUUGCAUUCAAAGCACGUUUCCUCAUCUUGUCCAUGUCGGUCAGAACAAACACUUUCUAGCGCAGAUCUAGCUUUAGAAGAACAGGAGGUUCUUUCUAAGAUUGUUUUAAAUGCAUCGGAAAGGUUAAUUAAUAUGUAUGCUUUGACAUCAGAAAAACCAUCACUUCCAGACACAUCAGGAUUGAAAAUGGAUGAUUUAAAACGAUUAGAACAAUUAACAGCACCAGAAAUACCGAUAUAUAAUGGGUUGAUUAGUAUAGGAAUGACUCGUAAAGAAUUGGAGUUAAUGGAUGGUGUUGCAAAGUUGGUAAAGGAAGCGAUAAAGGAAAUAAAAACGAUUAAAAAUGUUGGUCAAGUGAUUGUUAAACUUGAUGAGUCGAGAAAAACAGGUUGA